CUAGAAGAUUGUAAGCACUAAGCAAAGUUUUUACAAACCUGUUUCCUUCUAUAAACCACAAACAAGAAGUUCUAAAGCCUUUCCUCUGACGGCAGCCAUCAGGUGAGCCAAGAUGGGUGCAUACAAAUACAUCCAGGAGCUAUGGAGGAAGAAGCAGUCGGACGUGAUGCGCUUUCUCCUGAGGGUCCGCUGCUGGCAGUACCGCCAGCUCUCGGCGCUGCACAGGGCUCCCCGCCCCACCCGGCCUGACAAAGCGCGAAGGAUGGGAUACAAGGCCAAGCAGCAAGGUUAUGUCAUAUACAGGAUUCGUGUCCGCCGUGGUGGCCACAAACGCCCAGUUCCUAAGGGUGCAACUUAUGGCAAGCCUGUCCAUCAUGGUGUUAACCAGCUAAAGUUUGCCCGAAGCCUUCAGUCUGUUGCUGAGGAGAGAGCUGGACGCCAUUGUGGGGCUCUGAGAGUCCUGAAUUCUUACUGGGUUGGCGAAGAUUCCACAUACAAAUUUUUUGAGGUUAUCCUCAUUGAUCCAUUCCAUAAAGCUAUCAGAAGAAACCCUGACACCCAAUGGAUCACCAAACCAGUCCACAAGCACAGAGAGAUGCGUGGGCUGACAUCUGCUGGCCGCAAGAGCCGUGGCCUUGGAAAGGGCCACAAGUUCCACCACACUAUUGGUGGCUCUCGCCGUGCAGCCUGGAGAAGGCGCAAUACUCUGCAGCUCCACCGUUACCGCUAAUACACGUAAUGUUUGUAAAAUUCAUACCCAAUAAACAAUUUAGGAACGUCAUGUCUGCUUAAAGGUGUUAUUUGUCUGUUAAAAUAAGUCUGCAGAUUGUCAUGAAGCUUUAUGGAAUUAUAGCGGUUAAAGUGCAAUAAUGUUUGAUGGCUACAAGUGAUGGUGUGUCUUGUUUCUGAUAACCUUUUUGUCUUUGCAUUACCUACUUAGGGGGUCUAAGUGUAUGGUGUUAACACCAUGUGGUGCCCUGUGUGUAAAAUCCUGUAAAAGGACUAGGACUAGCCCUGUAGAUGUGUUUGGUGCAUGUGAUAGAACCUACAGCUUUAUUGGGAUGAUGCAGUCUUCUAGUUUGCUGAAGUGACUGCUUGGGAGUUUGAGUACAAACUUUUAGAGUUGGGUUUUGCUUAGAAAUGAAUAGGAAGAGAAGCUUUUCAACCUGUUUGUGAACAUGCGUAGAAAAGAGAUCAGCUACAACCCACAUUUUGAAAAUUGAAUCCAGUGUCCCAUUUUCAGAAGAAUCAGGUAAAAUUGGAAGAGGUUUCAUUUUCUGUUAGAUCUCUGGAGUAUGAGUUUGAUGCCAAGUAAUGGGUAUUUGCACCUGUGUAUUUUGAAAUUGGAGAUUGAAAAUUGGAUGGGGUGGGGCAUGUUUAGGGGUGGUAUGGUAAGGUUGCCCUUGAAAGGGCAAAUUGUUUCCCUUAAGGUUUGUAAACUAGUGAUGGGUGCCAUGUGGGGUUCAAGUUAAUACCAACCAAGUAAACUUAAAAAGUUGUGAUGAAGUUAGUAUGCAAUCACUAUGAAGCUUCUAUCCACUAGCCACAUAAAAAGUGUGGCUGGGUAGUUAAAGGUAAAUCCUAGACCAGUCAGUUCAUCUUGGAGGUAAGAAAAGUCAGUUGGCAGUAUGACUUCAUUGUUUACAGUCUUCCCUUAGGUAGUGGCUAGGGUUACUUGUCCCUGGUAUAUUACCUGGGAGUUGUUGACAUUUCACAAAGGCCACACAUACCGCCACAUUUUUGUUUGUGCCAUUCCUUGAACUAGUUUCCCACAGUACAUUUUAGUAUGGAAGAAAUAGAUAAUUGCCCUUAUCACAGAUCUGGGCUAGCAGGCUUGAUUUAAAAAAAAACAAAACUAACUGAUGCCUUUAAACUUUUUUUUUUUUUCUCUUCCGAUUUUUAAAGGAUGAUUUUAUUGAUUUCCAGAAAAUACUAGACUCAAAAUCUUGGGACCUAGAAUUCUUUUCUAUUCAGCAAAACAAAUCAUUGUGUAUAGAGGUUGUUCAACUAAAGUACUAAAUGUCUGUUAAACAAAACAAAACAAAAAAAAAAGUUCUAAAGCAAGCUGACCUACUUUAGUAGAUAAGAUAUUUCCCGACAGUAGUCAUUUAGAAGCUUAUUGUUUAUUAUUCAAUAUUUACUUGUAAAUUUUUAUUCUGAGAUAAUUACAGAUUGUGUACGAAGUUGCAAAGCUAAUAUAAACAUAUACUCUAUACUAGACACCCAGUUUCUGCAGUGGUUACAUCUAACAUAGUGUAAUAUAGCAAAAGCAGGAAUUUGGUAAUUGGUAUAUAUGUAGUUCCAUGUUAUUUUAUCAUGUGUACAGAUUCAUGUAAUUGCUACAGCCAGGAUAUAGAACUACUUCAGUACCACAGAGGUCUUCUUGAUCCAGUUACCGUGUCCUGCCACCCCUAACCAACUAGUCUCAACUUUAUAGUUUUGUCACCAAGAAUGUUAUAUAAGUAGAAGCAUACAAGAAAUAACCUUUGGAGUUGUUUUUUUUUUUAACCCCACUCAGUGUACUAUCCUUAUGAUCUGUUCAAGUCAUAGUAUGUUGUAUGUGUUUACUGCUGAAUGGUCUGGAUGCCCCAUACUUUGUAUAGCUGUUUACUUAUUGAAGCACAUUUUGAUAUGUCUACUUUGGGGAUUACUAUAAAUAAAAUUUCUUUGAAUAGUUGUAAACAUUU